AGGGAUUGAGGGCCGACACCAUAAAAAAAGAGCCUAUAGUGGUUGAAUCCGACGACGACGAGCAAGACGGUGGCCACGGCAGGGCAAGAGAUAUGAUGGAGAGAAUGGAGGACCUGGUGGCAAAAAUCAGGAGGUACCAGGAUAAGCUGACCACUCUUUGUGAGAAGGUCAACAGGUGGAAAGGAGAAUUACCAUUGGUGUACCUUAUCGAUUCAGGCCCAGGGGCACAAGGCGGGUCUGGAAACCUGCCCGGAGUGACUGUCACGGCGCCAACUCCUAGGUCUGGGAUGACCUUCAGACCGCCGUCAAGAGCAAGAAGGGCAGCUUUGGCAGCACUCACUAGAUCGAAGGGAGCGCCCGACUCAAGCCAGCCCACUCAGGAUAACCCGGGACCCAGUGGCGAGAAAGAGACGGUAGAGAUUCCAGAGGAUGAGGAGGACGAGGAUGAAAAGUUGAGGAAGGAAGAGGACAAGAAGGCUGAAGAGAGAGCCAAAAAGAGGGGCGCCAAAGCGAGCGCUGAUAAAAAGCAGGAGGGGAAAAAAAGAAAGUAUAAGGUCAGAAUGGAGGAGGGGUUCGACGUGGAAGGAAUGGUCGAUCGACUCCUUGAAGGCCAUAACGACCUAAUGAACUUAAAAGAAAUCCUCGCCUCCGCUCCGAAAUUGAGGGACGAGCUGAAGGCUCGAUUGUCCAGAAGAGCAAGUGUGCGCUUGGGGACCAUUAUCCCCAAGGAAGGUGAGUGGGCUGAGACAGGCACGAAGAUGGACUGGAAGUCCGUAGCGUGCGUGUGCAUAGAAGUUAUGGUAAAGAGUAAGCCGUGCACCGCAAUGAUAGACACGGGGGCGGAAAUGAACCUCAUCAAAGAGGAACGUGCGAUUCGUCUGGGGAUGAAGAUCGAUCGCUCCGACAAUGGGGUCCUCGUGGGGGCAAAUAGCUGGUCUGUAUUUAUAGGGACUGUGUCAAGUGUGGUUGUCGAGAUCGGCAGGGUAAAAUUUAAGCGCGAAACCUUGGCGGUUCUCCAUUGCUUAAGGAUCUUUAGAAACUACCUCUUCGGUAGUAGGUUCGUGUUGAGGGUGAACCCAACUGCUUUAGCCGGUUCUCUCAAGAACUUCGCUCCAUCGGAUCCAACUAUCGCCAGGUGGCUAACGUACAUCUGGAUGUUCGAUUUCGAGUUGGAACGGAUUCCUGGGAAUAAGAAUAGGGCAGAUGGGCAGAGUCGAGUUGACUGGGACAAGGGUAACCAAGGAGUGAUCGAGGAUACUCCGCCAGUCGACGGGUUUCUGGACACUGAGGAGGAUGUGAGACUUCACAUCAACUCCUGGUCGAUGGUCGCGGGUAACUACGUUACUCCUGGGCAACCUGUGUGGCCCUCGCCUCCAGGACAUGUACGACGGCCAGACCUAGUCCUUAAGCCUUUCAUCGAAGAGGACUCGUGGGGGAUGCCAAACGUGCAGUGGAUGAUGGAUCUGACCUUAGCAGAAAAAUACAAGUUGCACGAAAACCUACUCACAAUGGAAAAUGGGGCGCAACAGGUAGAAGGGCACGAGAGGUCGAUAAGUGGGAUAUACCUCUUGGCAAAUGCUCUGCUUCAAGACGAGGUGGCGAGGAUCGGGGAUCAACGGCAAGGUGAGAAUGAGAAUGUAAUCCACGAAGGAGAGGACGACGAUUUUGAAGAGGGAGAGAUAAAAGAGGCUUUUCGCACGGAGGAGCAUGACGGGAUAUAUCUGGAAUUAAGAAUGCUCCUUUCGUGUGAAAUAAGAGAAAGGGAUGCGUGCGAGAAAGUCCUCAAGAUGCGACCAAACUUCUUGGUAAGGGAUGACCAUCUAUUUAUGAGGAGCAGAGGGAAGACUUCUAGAAGGGUAGUAUGUGGCAUCACUCGUCAGAUUGACGUCAUAGCUGGCCUACAUGAUGGAAAGGCAGGUGGCCAUAGGAGUAAGGAUACAACUUACCUCAAAAUACAUGAGCUAUACUAUUGGGAUGGCAUGGGACGAAUGAUCAACGAUUAUUGCAAGUCAUGUGUUCCAUGUCAGGAACGGUCUUCCAUUAGACCUAGGGAGCCGCUUCACCCAAGGUAUAUACGCGAGGUUGGGGCGGUCAUACAUUUGGACUUACUGGCAAUGCCGCAGAGAGUAGGAGGAUAUAACUUCAUCUUCGAUGCACGAGACAACCUCUCAGGUUUUAUAGAUGGCAGAGCCAUACGCACAAAAAUUGGUGAGACCUUGGCUCGAUGCAUUGAGGAGUAUUACCUCCGCUAUCCUUCUGUCUCCAGAUUCGUAAUGGACAGAGGGUCCGAAUUCACUUGUGCUGAGGUAAAAGAACUGCUGAGAGGGUAUGGAGUGAUCGCAGAGUAUACUAUUGCGGCGCACCCUCAAGCUAAUGCACCUGUGGAGAGGGGUCAUAGUACGAUUACGAAUCUCCUCGCUAAGUGGAAGAAUGGUAGGACAAAUCAGUGGCCUAACUUCCUAAGGGUCGCCUUCUACGUGGAUAACACCACUGUCAGAAGAAGCAUCAACUAUGCGCCAACAACGUUGUGGUAUGGUAGGCAUGCGACCUUCCCUAUCGAAAGCUUCCUAAAGACUUGGAGGCGGCAGGACCUCGAGACAAACUUGUCAUUUGAGGAACUGCUAGACUUAAGGGCUCGCCAGAUUAAUGUCAUAGAGGACAAAAUUGAAAGUGCGGCGAGUAAGGUGGCUGACAGCCGACAGAAGGAUAAGUUCAGGUGGGAUAAGAUGGCAAGGGUAAGGAAGGAGCCUCUCAGGGUGGGCGACGUUGUGCUGCUAUAUGAUUCAUCCUUAGAGAAGCAGUGGUUGCGAAAGUUGGACAAGAGGUGGUUAGGGCCAUACAGGGUCUCGAGGAGUGGAGAGCAUAAGGCAUACCAGAUUGAAGAGCUGAAUGGGACUGCCUGGAAAGAUUGGGUGUCAGGCUCGAGGUUGAAGAAGUUUGUCGCUCGAGACGAGAUGAGGGCCAGGAGAGAGGACAGGCCACCCAUUUAUACAGGAGACAACGUUGAGCUGUUCAUGGUUGGGUUCAGGAGGCACGAUCAUGAGUUUGGAUGGGAUAGUUGCAGGAUGCUGAGGGAGGUGCGAGGAGCAGGCGAGUGGGCACAACCCCUUACCAACUUCGUUAGGGAGUCAUUGACCUGGCAGGAUUUUGAGAGGAAGAUGGAGGGCUUGCACCCAUCGCCACUAGGAAGGGAUGGACAACCCAUCCGUUUUGAUGCCACUAACCUAUGGGAAUUCCUGAAGGGCUACGACGAGUUUGCAGACAGCAUCAACGAGCCACCAAGCCAGGGGGUGAGGGGUUUUAUUCUGUUUGUGAGGGAGCACCUCAGACCGUUCAUCAGGUCUAUUGUAGAUCCUGCCCAGAACUGGGGCCAUUGCAAGAAAUUGCUCUGGAAUCACUAUACUCCAGCACGUCAGGCUGAGGAGAGGAGGAGUAUGAGAAGGAAGAGAAAGGAGCCAGAGACUGCAAAAAAGAGAACCUCUGAGCAGGGCAUGACCUCAGGAGCUCAGAGGGAUGGCCAAAAGAGAGAGCACAGGUCCCAUAGGCAGGAGAGAGGGGAGGACCAGCACCAGCAGAGGAAGGAACGAACUGCAGAGGGGACCCAGAAGGAAGGACCCUCAGGAGGAUUAGAUAUACCUCCUCAGCCUGCUCAGGUACCUGAGACCAUUCCUAGGCCAGGCAUGCAGCCAGAGGCGUCUCAUAGAGCACAGGGUCAGGGACAGGAUGAGGAUCAGGCUGCAAGGGAAAAGGAACAGGACAGGGAGGAGAGAGAAGCAAUAGAAAGAGAGAUCAGAGUCCAAAUCAGACUCAAAAACAUUGCGAAGCUGCACGAGAAGGUUGAGCAGGGAGAGCAGUCUGUGAUACUAGAAGAUAGAAAGGGGAAUGACUCACCUACUCAAGACGAUGAGACUCCUCUUUUCACGGAGGCUUGGGACAACUUUGAUAAGUUGUUGGAGGCAACAGGGAGGCAUAGGGAGCAGCAUCAGGAGAUGGGGGUUAGGUUGGUCUCUACAAACUUGCUUAGCCUGAAGGGCCUUAUGAAAGAGAAUUUUGCGGCGGCCAAGACUUCUGAUGAAAAAAUGGAAAAAAGGUUGACAAGGGUGGCGCGGGCAUCUCAUGAGCAGAAAAUGGACUGGCAGAAAGAAAUAGGAAGUCUCAAGAAGGAAUUGGAGAGGCAGAACAAGGAGAUGGAAGCCAUGAAGACUGAGGUGGAGAAAGCCUGGGUAGGCAACGAGGCGAUCAGACAGGUCAACCAGACCCUUAACAAGGUCAAUGACAAUCUGAGGACCUACUUGCAGAUACAGCAGAACACCUUUCAAGUAAAGGAGGCGAAGUGGGAAACGAGAAUCAUGGACCUUGAGGCCAAGUGUGCACAACAGGCACCUACUACAGUGAUAGACUGGACAGAGGUCCAGAGGUUUAAGAUCAGGAAGCAGCCUGUAGAGGAGGCCUUCAAGUGUCAUAAGGUGGAAGAGAGGGCAAACGAACAGAAGGAUGAGGAAAUCCCCCUGCUAAAUAAGGAGAUGUUGCAGCCUGAGGAGGCUCUAGCAGGGAGGGAGUCAGAAACUGGGGAGUUUGAGUGGAGGAUGCCCACAGUCUUGGCACAUGAGGCGAGGCCACCAGCAGAGGAUGCGAUGGAUGAGGCUGCACUUCCCAUGACUCAGGAGGAGACUGUGGGGAGACAGGAGGUUCAAGAGAGUGUGGGACAGGCCAUGGAUGAGGUUGAAGAGAGGGAGGAGCUUGAGGUCUCUCAGAAGACCCCACCACCUCAGGAUAUGCCUCUGGCUGUAGGUCUAGAGGAUGCACUGGGAUCUUGGGUCACUGGAUCCGGGGCAGAGGAGCGAGUGAGUGAGCAGAUGGCACAGACAGAUGACAGAGCAGCAUGCCCCAUUCCUCCAGAGCACCCGCAGCAGGAGGUCACUAGCGAGGCCACAACAGCCCCCUCAUCUGUACCCUCCCAUGCAGCUGACAAGAUGGAGCAGAAAAAGUUUAGAAGAUGCUUCUACUGCAAAAGAGGCAAGCACCCACAGGAGACCUGUCCCAAAAGCCUCAAGGAUGAGGCCGAUGGUUUGUUUUCAUGGGAUCCAUCUGGCGUGCGCAGGGACAGAGAUGGGAACCUGAUCCUGAAGACUCGUGAUGGGAUAGGGGCGCAGUUGUAUAGGUAACUGCAGGAGGACAUGAGUGAUCAGGAGUAGGAUUUACGAG